CUUCUUUGAAAAAAAAAGUUUUUUUGCGAUAAAAUUUUUAAUUUAUACGAAUUAUUAAUUUCCUAUUAAAAAUUACGCAUGAGUACUCGUGGUAAAUCAGAGGCAUGCAAAGCAUUAAAUUCCUUGUUUUUGUGCACUUCUCUCUUGUUAUAGAUCGUGAAUAUUUAUACAGAGGCAAGAUAGUAACCUUGCUGGGAUCUUUUUAUUUAUUCUUUUCUGAUAAUUCGCUUUAAUAACAAUCAUAAUAUUUGAAUAAUACGCACUCUGCAGUUGAUUGGUAUAGGAAACAGAAAUCUAAUAGAUGGACUUGCGAAGGAAUACUAAACAAAAUCAGGAAUCAAUUAAGAGCAGUACAUCACAAAUAUCUACUAAAUCCAAUACAAGUUGGGAUUCCGGUAUGUAUGAGCUUGAUGAUGAAUAUUCGCACAUUAUUACAGAAAACUCAGACCCUAGUAAGGUUCAAGAAGUAAACAGUCAAUUCAUUCCACGAGACGGUAUUGAGCUACUAAUACAAGGGAAAGCUUGCCCAAGGAAAUUAAGCUCCCGCGAUCGAGAAAAAAUGGCGCAGCAAGCAGUCAUUGAAACAUUGAAAGAUGAAGGUCUUGUGAUUAGACCUGGGUCUAGAGCUGUUGGAGGAAUAAGGUUUGACUUCGUUCCAGCUGAAAAUACUCUUUCAAAAUCGUCUUCAUCAUGUCCCAAACUUCCACCAAUCAAUAUUCGCAAGAAAUACAAACGAAAAAAAGCAGAACUUACUUACGAAGAAAUCGAACAGAAACUAAUUAAAGCUGAAGAAAGAAGAAAGAAAAAACUUGAAGAAAAGCUUAGUAAAUUAAAUUUGAAAGAUCGUCAGGAGUUGCAAGCAACGUUGGAACAACAAACAGAAAUCAACCGUCAAAAAAUAGAAGAAAAAUUAACAACAACUUUGAAGAGUAGAGAAAAACAUUUUAUAGAAUUGCGAGAUAAGUUGAAAGCUCGUGAAGAACACGCAAGAAAAGUGAGAGAAAGGAAACAAAUGCAAGAAAGUGGUUUUAAAUACAUAAUGCCACCUUGAAAUUAUGAAAAAUAAAAUAGUUAUUUUUGUU